CCCGCACUUGGUGGCUCAGCUCAGUUCUUAAUUGAGUUUCGUCAUGUUUUGUUCGCGGCAAAGCGCGUUUCUACAAAUUGGUCUGCUAUGUACCGGCGCUCUAGUGUUGUUGCUUUUACAUGGCACCAUCACUGAGGCCUAUUCCGGUCUAAUAGCACCUGAUCCAGAUAAUCCUGGCAAAUGUGUCUAUCGCGGCGAUGAACUGAAAUUGGGAGUAAAUGUGGGCAUUGCUCCCUGCCAGCGUCUCACUUGCCAUGAGAAUGGUUCCAUACACAUUGAGGGUUGUGGGAAAUUGCGCAUCGAGAGCUGCAAUAAUGGGGAGCGCAUCCAUGCGGACAAACCAUUCCCGGAAUGUUGCAAGUUGCGUUACAAAUGCAAGAAACCUGAUGGCACGCCUUACUACAUUGAGCGCGAUGCAUUCGCUAGCGAGCAGCAGAACAAGCUGAGACGUUGAGUGGGCGGAAAGAAAUGGAGAUAGAUCGCAAAAGUGAAUGAAGUGGUGUAGAGAGUGGAGCGGGCAGGAGACGAUGGAAAAAAUAUGAGAUAAAAGCGAUCAACUUCAACUGAGUGGUGAAGAGUAGCCGUGCUCGGAAUUGGAAGCAAACAUUGAGAUUACUUUGAGUUGGAAACAGAGAUAAGGGGAGAGAGAAAGAGAGAGGGAGAGUGCAGGAGAACGGAAAAGCGAGUGGGCGAAGGGAAGGUGGUUGUGUGAAACGUGAGCAACAGCGCCGCUGAUAAGGCUUAAGGCACAUAUUUGUGUUGUUUUUCUUAGUUUAUGAUGUAGUUGUAUGUCUAGAUAUUUACAUAACCUUAGUUCAUUGAUUUUGUUUUGAUUUAUGUAUUUUUUUUAUUUUUGUUUACAUUAGAAAUAUAUGAAAACAUAUUUAUUAUCAACAACAAAAAUA